UGACAUUUUGAUACGAUAUUUUCAAUUCAGCUUGAAAGGUGUUAUUUGUUAUAUUCCUUCAAUUCCUUGAUAUUUUAAUAUAAUAAUUGAGAUAAUAAAUAUUAUAAUGAACUUUAUUAUUGUCAAUAAUCAACAUAAAUUGAAUUUACACAUACAUAAAUAUUUAUGAGUCGGUUCCUUAUGAAACAAAUAGUGUACAAGACAAACAUGCCUUUAAAAACUCUAGGUGGAAUAUUUGAUGAACCCAAGAAAGCCCCAAAAAAGAAUUUUAUAAGGGAAAAUAUUAAAGCCCUGAAACACUUGGAAAGUAUAGUACAAGAAGCUCAAAAAGUGGAACAAACCAAGUCAUUAAGUAGAGGAAGCAGCCCUAAACGUUUCCCUAGGGAUAAAACGAAAUCACUUUCUUUGGGGGAUUUGAGAGUUCCAAAAGAAAAUACCAUUCCUAAUAACAAGGACCAAAGUGUUAAUGCUAAAUCAAUACAUAAAACUUUAUCAGCAAUUGACAGGAUUAAAAAUUUAUCAAAAUCAAAAGGUUUUAAACCAAAGAAAACUGUUUCCGAGAAAAAGUGUAAACCUCAAUUGUCUGAUAGAUCAGUCCAAACUGACUUUGAUGAUACCUUUUUGAUAGAAAUCAAUAGUCCAACGAUUAUACCUGAUGUGCUACCUAAUACAAAAGAAGGCCAUAGUCAAACAAUUACUCCGGAAGUUCCACUUAUUGUAAAAGGAGUUGUAACGUUAGAACCUCAGUACCCUCCUGGACAUACAGUAUUACCUGAAAGUGAACGAAUUGAAACUUUAGCUACAUAUAAAAAGAACUAUGAUAAAUUAAUUAAUGAAUUAAAUAGUUUACCUCUAACUUGUGAUACUUUACGAAUUAGGAAAAAGCGGAUAAAAAUUGAGGAUGAAUUGCUGAAAAUAGAAGAGGCUAUUAAGAUGUUUGAGAGACCCAGAGUAUUUAUUAAGAAGUAAUUGGGCUUAUAAAUAAAGUUGAAUAAACAAAUUGUUAUAAUUAUAAAUAUAUUAUUUUAAAUACUAAA